UCUCCCUGAGCGGUUCAUCAACAACAGGUGCACUGGGAGCCCCUGGGUCAGCAGAGAGAGCAAUGCCCACGGUGUGAGGCUGCGCAGAAGGUACUUCCAGGUACACAUUGUACCUGAGACUAUGUAUUAUUUAUUGAAACUGAGCUCUGCAUUCUCUUUAUUCUCUGGGCAGCCUUGGAGUCGGGCGCCUCCUAAAAUGGAUGCCACCAGCAGCUAACCUACAGGCUCCCACAUGCUACUUGCUUUCACUCAUUUCCUUUCCAAGGAAUUGGAAGCUGUCGCCGCCAAGCUCCUUAUUAAAGCUUGGGGAGUAAUUGGGAAUGGCAGUUUAGCGACUGAAAGAGGAAUUCCUCUGUGAUUUUGGACGUCACCACAUGGAUUCAAGAUCCGUUUUUUGAGGAAAUACUCCACUUUGGAUUUUAUGGAUCUAUAAACGAUACACAUGUUGUAGCUUCUGUCUCUGUAUGCGGAGUGAUUAUGUGUGUCUUCACAUGCUUAGUGCUGAGAAGAAAACUGGGUUACCUGGAGGUUAUCUUCAUUGUUACUUAUGAUGCCUGUGGCUGGCAAACCAAGGGACUUUUGGCAUUUGGGUGACAAAGACAUUUGGAAUAUAUUCCAUUGGAUUUCCCAUGUUGGUGCCACUGUUUCUGGCCACCUCCGUACUGCAUGUUGCCAUGCUAAAGACACCUAAGGGAAAAAAUGUCUCCUGGGGUUCGGCAGACUCCUACACCAGCCGUCCGUCCGAUUCAGAUGUGUCUCUGGAGGAAGACCGGGAGGCGGUGCGCAGGGAAGCAGAGCGGCAGGCCCAGGCCCAGCUGGAAAAAGCAAAGACAAAACCUGUUGCAUUUGCAGUUCGGACAAAUGUCAGCUACAGCGCAGCCCAUGAAGAUGAUGUCCCAGUGCCCGGCAUGGCCAUCUCAUUUGAAGCAAAAGAUUUCCUGCAUGUUAAGGAAAAAUUUAACAAUGACUGGUGGAUAGGGCGAUUGGUUAAAGAAGGCUGUGAAAUCGGAUUCAUUCCAAGUCCAGUGAAACUAGAGAAUAUGAGGCUACAGCAUGAACAGAGAGCCAAGCAAGGGAAAUUCUACUCCAGUAAAUUAGGAGGAAAUUCAUCAUCCAGUUUGGGUGACAUAGUACCUAGUUCCAGAAAAUCUACACCUCCAUCAUCUGCUAUAGACAUAGAUGCUACUGGCUUAGAUGCAGAAGAAAAUGAUAUUCCAGCAAACCACCGCUCCCCUAAGCCCAGUGCAAACAGUGUAACGUCACCCCACUCCAAAGAGAAAAGAAUGCCCUUCUUUAAGAAGACAGAGCACACGCCUCCCUAUGAUGUGGUACCUUCCAUGCGCCCCGUGGUCUUGGUGGGCCCUUCCCUGAAGGGGUACGAGGUCACAGAUAUGAUGCAAAAAGCGUUGUUUGAUUUUUUAAAACACAGAUUUGAAGGGCGGAUAUCCAUCACAAGGGUCACUGCUGACAUCUCGCUGGCCAAACGCUCAGUGUUAAAUAACCCCAGUAAGCACGCAAUCAUAGAAAGGUCCAACACAAGGUCAAGCCUAGCGGAAGUUCAGAGUGAAAUAGAAAGGAUUUUUGAACUUGCAAGAACAUUGCAACUGGUAGUCCUUGAUGCGGACACUAUUAAUCAUCCAGCUCAACUCAGUAAAACCUCUUUGGCCCCUAUUAUAGUUUAUGUAAAGAUUUCUUCUCCUAAGGUUUUACAAAGGUUAAUAAAAUCCCGAGGAAAAUCUCAAGCUAAACACCUCAAUGUCCAGAUGGUAGCAGCUGAUAAACUGUCUCAGUGUCCUCCAGAGUUGUUUGAUGUGAUCUUGGAUGAGAACCAGCUCGAGGAUGCUUGUGAGCACCUUGCCGACUACCUGGAGGCCUACUGGAAGGCUACCCACCCGCCCAGCAGCAGUCUCCCCAACCCUCUCCUUAGCCGCACUGUAGCCACUUCAGCGCUGCCUGUGAGCCCCACUCCAGCCUCUAAUUCACAGGGUUCUCAAGGCGAUCAGAGGACUGACCGCUCUGCUCUCGCCCGCUCUGCCCCCCAAGCUGAAGAAGAACCCUGCCUGGAACCAGCCAGGAAAUCCCAGCACCGGCCUUCCUCCUCAGCCCCGCACCACAACCAUCGCAGUGGGACACACCGAGGCCUCUCCAGGCAGGAGACAUUUGACUCAGAAACCCAGGACAGCCGAGACUCUGCCUACGUGGAGCCGAAGGAAGAUUACUCCCAUGAGCAUGUGGACCACUAUGCCCCACACCGUGACCACAACCACAGAGAGGAGCCCCAUGGGAGUGGUGAGCACAGGCACAGGGAGUCUCGGCACCGGCCCAGGGACCUGGAUCGAGAGCAGGACCACAACGAAUGCAACAAACAACGAAGUCGUCAUAAAUCCAAGGAUCGCUACUGUGACAAGGAUGGAGAGGGAAUAUCCAAAAAAAGGAAUGAGGCUGGGGAGUGGAACAGGGAUGUUUACAUCCGCCAAUAACUUUGGUCCGUUUGUGUUUUUGGAUUUUUUUAAGUCUAACAGCAACCUCAAUCUAAAUCUUUGGGGUCGACAUUGCAAUCAUAUGUGAUCUGUCUUGUAUAUUUUGUAUUGCUGUUGCUUAAAUAGCAAUAGUAUGACAGAGUAUUAUACUUUUUUCUUUUUUAAGUGCUAUAUAAAUUUGCCUGGUACGGCUGCAGUCCUCUGGUUGUGUACUGGACUUUUCAAAAACUGUUUUGGGUAGCUGCCACUUGAACAAAUUGUUGCCAUCCAGGGGGCAUUAGUAUUUUAAGAAAUGUGGUGGAUGUUUUAAAAAAUGUAGUUGACAUCUCCAGCAAGCCAGAAUAGGCUCAGAUAAAAAGUGGAAUUUCUUGAGUCUCCAGAUUUUUAAAAUGUAGGCACCUGAUGUGCAUAUUCAUUCAUCCAUGGACCACGGUUUCUUGCUUGUACCUCUGGCUGACUAAAUUUGGGGACAGAUUCAGUCUUGCCUUAUACAAAGGGGAUCAUAAAGUUAGAAUAUAUUUUCUAUGUACUAGUACUGUGUACUGUAUAGACAGUUUGUAAAUGUUAUUUCUGCAAACACCUUCUUAUGAUAAUUAUAUAUAAUAUAUAUAUAUCAGUUUGAUGACACUAUUUUAGUCUUAAUGCCAAGUCAGCAGAUUUGCUUUAUGAAGUACAGGGACUAGAAUUGCCCACAUUCAGGAAAUUUGUAAUAACAUUGUGUAGGCACCUAUCUCCAUUCUAGAAGAAAGUCUGUACAUACUGUAAAUAUGUGUGAUUGCUUGACUUGAAAAGGUUUAAUUUCUGAAUGUUUUACCAUCCCUGUAAGUUUAUAAUUUUGACCAUAAAUUAUGAUAAAUAUAACCAAACUCCAAAGGUUGUUCUAAUCCAUGCAGCUCACACUGAUUGUGACACACAUUCUUAGUAGCUCGUGUCUCAUGUCACUGCACUGAAGUCUACAAGCCGGAACUCUGUAUGCACGCGUGUGUGCGUCUGUAAGAGUAUGUGCGUGUGGUUGGUUGAGAUGAAUCUGAAUGCAAAAGACUAAUAAGGAAACUAGAGACUGGUAUCUAGAAUCCUACCCACCUGGCUUUGAGCUGAAUUGUGCUGCAUGACGCUGUAAUGAUCCGUUGAGCAGGAGGGAGCAUGCUGCCAAAGGUGACUGGGAAAGCAUUCUGUUGGCUCCUUGUGUUUGCUCCUACAGAGCAAAAAAUACAGGCAACUUUUAACUGUGAGUGUCCCACUGGAAAUGUACAAUCUGUGUGUGCUUGAGUAUUUGUUAUAGUAAGAAAUGUUUACACAGCUUGUAGAAUUAUUUCGUGGGAAAAUAAAUUUUUCUAACUUCUCCCACUUCCUUUUCUAACCCUGCUUAUUGUUCUGUUAUCUCCCAGUAUACCUAUCAUUCCGUCCCCACCACAAACUCAGAGUUUCAUUGUCUGUCAAAACCUAGAAGUGCUUCUUAUAACCAAAGUUUCUGCUCUUCAGAAGUAAUCAGGGCAAACGGGGUGACAUGAAGUGGACAAAUGGUCCGAGCACUUUCCUACAUCAGACAUCUAUGAAGGGGAAACUAGAAGAUACUAUCUCAAUAAUGCUGCUGUGAGCAGCCCACAAUGUGGUUGUCAUGUUAAGGCUAAAACCUCCACGUCUCCUAAGUGUACAUUUUUUCCAGUUAUGACUGGACCAUAAGACAGUAUUCGGUGUGCUAGUACCUGAAAUUUGUCCCUGGAGAGUGCCUCUCUUUAAUUGCCUGACUUCAGAUUUGUACGUUAUAUAAUUAUGAUUUUGUUAAGUAAGUUAAUCUAUUUUUAUUUUGCUUCUUUUAUUAUUCCAGGUUCUUGCCAAAUAUCGGACCUUUAUAAGUAAAAUGUUUUGCAUUGAGCUCCUUACUUUCCCUACACCCAAGGAAACUCAGUUUUUAAAAUGAGCUACAUAUAUAGUGUUCUAUCAGCUAAUAUGAAACAUUUCCCUCAGAAUCAGUGUAUUUGUUAAUUAGCUCUGUACUGUUGAAAUGAAUUUAUUUAUUGACUACAAAAACUGUAGUGAUAAUAUAUAAACUGAUGCAAAGUAGUCACAUCAUUGGAAACCAUAUCCCAAUUAAGAUUACUUUUAUAAAAUAUUUCUGGUAAACUUUCCAUCAUGGUAAGAUGCUGCUGAUCACCACCCUCAUUCUUUGCUACACAUAAUUUCAUCCCAAUAAUAACUUUAGAAUAUUUAAAUUCUUGAAGUAUAACUGGUAUGUAUCUAACCUGCUGCUACCAUUAAUCCCUUUCAAAAAGUCGUGCUAAUGGAUUCCAUUUUUAAAAUUCUAUACCUGGUUCUUAGGUUUUGGGUUUUUUUUUAACUUUAUUGUGAAAUAUGUUAGUCCAAAUCAGAGUAUUUCUCAAAAACUAUAUUGCAGGAUUUGACAUAAGAGCAUCUAUCCAUGAAAACUGUAUAGUGAACAUAUCUGUAAACAGUAUGUACUAAAUUUGUAAAUGGAGAAAUAAUCCCAAACAAUGGGAUAUUCACUGACUUGUGGAAUAUAAAAUUAUAGUCUUUUCACAGAGCAAAAGCUUAACCUCAACUUAGUUGUUGAAUCAUGAUUUUUGUAGUCUACCUAGAAAAUGCUGGAAAUGUUCUUAAUAGUUCUACUCUGUUUUUUGUCAAACCCAUUUCAGUUUUUACUAUGCUCUUUCUCUACUGCUCGUUUAAGUUACUGUUACAAAAAGGUGCUGCUAAAUGUAGGGUGUCUUAGUCAUAUUGUACUGUGGGACAAUGCCACAUUUUUAACAUGGUCUGCUCUGCAUUCCUGUUAAACAUUUGCUGUCAGCUACACUGAACUGUUCAACAAACCUGACUUAAAGAAAUUCAUCUAAAGCAAAUAAAGAGCUGGCUUCUGCACUGUU